AUGCCUCUGUGGUUGAUGGCGCCUGAUGGACGGACGUUCUGGUUCACCAUUGGGACCAACAACGCCCUGAAGGCCAUCGCUGCUCAGGGGCAGGAGCUGGCCAUGAUGACCUACCACGGGAGCUCCGCAUUACUGGCCUCCAAGAGCAACAGCAACGGAUGGACCACCUUCUAUGAGUGAGUAGACUGGAUAUUCUGUUUACCCCAAACACACCUGCAUCCCAAAGCAAUUGGUAGAGGUAUUGAGAGGACAAUACAGUGCCAUCACUUUUUCCACAUUUUGUUUUGUUACAGCCUGAAUUUAAAAUCGAUUAAAUUGAGAUGUUUUGCCACUGGCCUACAUACAAUACCCCAUCAUGUCUUGGUCUAAGGCACUGCAUCGCAGUGCUAGCUGUGCCACUAGAGAUCCUGGUUCGUAUCCAGGCUCUGUCGUAGCCAGCCGCGACCGACCGGGAGACCCAUGGGGCAGCGCACAAUUGGCCCAGCGUCGUCCAGGGUAGGGGAGGGAAUGGCCGGCAGGGAUGUAGCUCAGUUGGUAGAGCAUGGCGUUUGCAACGCCAGGGUUGUGGGUUCGUUUCCCACGAGGGGCCAGUAUGAAAAAAGAUAUAUAUAUAAUGUAUGCACCUACUAACUGUAAGUCGCUCUGGAUAAGAGCGUCUGCUAAAUGACUAAAAUGUAAAAUGUAAGUAGACUAGAUAUUUUGUUUACCCCAAACACACCUGCAUCCCAAAGCAAUUGCAGUAGAAAUAUAUGUGCCAGGCUCCCAGCUGAGUUGAUUACAGACUAAGGCUUUUUAGUAGCUACAUUGGAUCAAAGCUCAGUUCAUAAUGGACUUUUCUCUGACAAUCCCCCCCCCCCAAAAAUCCCUUUUUCUGGAUUACAUCAUGUUACUAUGGAUACCAUCACUUGGCUAGAAUCGUUGGUGUGUAUUUCAAAGUAACACUAAAAGUUUAAGCAAGGGGGUGGCUUUAGUUUAGUUGGCAGGUGGGUGGCUUUAGUUUAGUUGGCAGGGUGGGUGGCUUUAGUUUAGUUGGCAGGUGGUGGCUUUAGUUUAGUUGUCAGGUGGGUUGGCUUUAGUUUAGUUUGGAGGUGGGUGGGGUUUAGUUUAAUUGGCAGGGGGGUGGCUUUAGUUUAGUUGUCAGGUGGGUGGUUUAGUUAGUUGGCAGGUGGGUGGCUUUUGUUUGUUGGCAGGUGGGUGGCUUUAGUUUUGUUUACAGGUGGGUGGCAUUAGUUUAAUUGGCAGGUGGGGGGCUUUAGUUUAGUUGUCGGUGGGUGGCUUUAGUUAGUGGCAGGUGGGUGCUUUAGUAUAAUGGCAGGUGGGUGGCUUUAGUUUAGUGACAGGUGGGUGGCUUUUGUUUAGUUGGCAGGUGGGUGGGGUUUUGUUUAAUUGGCAGGUGGGUGGCUUUAGUUUAGUUUGGGAGGUGGGUGGCUUUAGUUUAAUUGGCAAGGGGGGUGGCUUUAGUUUAGUGGCAGUGGGUGGCUUUAGUUUAGUUGACAGGUGAGUGGCUUUAGUUAGUUGUCAGGGGGGUGGCUUUAGUUUAGCUGGCAGGUGGGUGGCUUUAGUUUAGUUGUCAGGUGGGGGGGCUUUAGUUUAGUUGUCAGGUGGGUGGCUUUAGUUUAGUUGGCAGGUGGUGGCUUUAGUUUAGUUGGCAGGUGGGUGGCAUUAGUUUAGCUGGCAGGUGGGUGGCUUUAGUUAGUUGGCAGGUGGGUGGCUUUAGUUUAGUUGGUCAGGUGGGUGGCUUUAGUUUAGUUGGCAGGUGGGUGGCUUUAGUAUAGUGGCAGGUGGGUGGCUUUAGUUUUAGUUGGUCAGGUGGGUGGCUUUAGUUUUAGUUGGCAGGUGGGUGCUUUAGUUUAGUUGGCAGGUGGGUGGCUUUAGUUUAAUUUGGCAGGUGGGUGGCUUUAGUUUAGUUGUCAGGUGGGUGGCUUAGUUUAGUUGGCAGGUGGGUGGCUUUAGUAUAGUUGGCAGGUGGGUGGCUUUAGUUUAGUUGGCAGGUGUGUGGCAUUAGUUUAAUUGGCAGGUGGGUGGCUUUAGUUUAGUUGUCAGGUGGGUGGCUUUAGUUUUACUGGCAAGGUGGGGUGGCUUUAGUAUAAUUGGCAGGUGGGUGGCUUUAGUUUAGUUGACAGGGGGGUGGCUUAGUUUAGUUGGCAGGUGGGUGGCUUUGUUUAAUUGGCAGGUGGGUGGCUUUAGUUUAGUGGCAGGGGGGUGGCUUUAGUUUAGUUGGCAGGGGGGUGGCUUUAGUUAAUUGGCAGGUGGGUGGCUUUAGUUUAGUUGGCAGGUGGGUGGCUUUAGUUUAGUUGACAGGUGAGUGGCUUUAGUUUUUGUUGUCAGGUGGGUGGCUUUAGUUUAGCGGAGUGGGGCUUUAGUUUAGUUGUCAGGUGGGGGGCUUUAGUUUUGUUGUCAGGUGGGUCUUUAGUUUAGUUGGCAGGUGGGUGGCUUUAGUUUAGUUGACAGGUGGGUGGCAUUGUUUAGCUGGCAGGUGGGUGGGUUUUGUAUAAUUGGCAGGUGGGUGGCUUUAGUUUAGUUGUCAGGUGGGUUUGGGUUUAGUUAGCUGGCAGGUGGGGUGGCUUUUGUAUAAUGGCAGGUGGGGGCUUUAGUUUAGUUUACAGGUGGGUGGCAUUUUUUAAUUUGGGAGGUGGGUGGCUUUAGUUUAGUUUGGCAGGUGGGUGGCUUUUGUUUAGUUGACAGGUGAGUGGCAUUAGUUUAUUGGCAGUGGGUUGCUUUAGUUUUGUUUUCAGGUUGGUGGCUUAGUUUAGUUGGCAGGUGGGUGGCUUUGUUUAGUUGGCAGGUGGGUGGCUUUAGUUUGUUGGCAGGGGGUGGCUUUAGUUUGUUGGCAGGUGGGUGGCUUUAGUUUAGUUGACAGGUGGGUGGCAUUAGUUUAAUUGGCAGGUGGGUGGCUUUAGUUUAGUUGGCAGGUGGGUGGCUUUAGUAUAAUUGGCAGGUGGGUGGCUUUAGUUUAGUUGACAGGUGGGUGGCUUUAGUUUAGUUGGCAGGUGGGUGGCUUUAGUUUAGUUGGCAGGUGGGUGGCUUUAGUUUAGUUGGCAGGUGGGUGGCUUUAGUUUAGUUGCAGGUGGGUGGCAUUAGUUUAGUUGUCAGGUGGGUGGCUUUAGUUUAGCUUGGCAGGUGGGUGGCUUUAGUUUAGUUGGCAGGUGGGUGGCUUUAGUUUAGUUGUCAGGUGGGUGGCUUUAGUUUAGUUGGCAGGUGGGUGGCUUUAGUUUAGUUGUCAGGUGGGUGGCUUUAGUUUAGUUGGCAGGUGGGUGGCUUUAGUUUAGUUGUCAGGUGGGUGGCUUUAGUUUAGUUGUCAGGUGGGUGGCUUUAGUUUAGCUGGCAGGUGGGUGGCUUUAGUUUAGCUGGCAGGUGGGUGGCUUUAGUUUAGUUGGCAGGUGGGUGGCUUUAGUUUAGUUGGCAGGUGGGUGGCUUUAGUUUAGCUGGCAGGUGGGUGGCUUUAGUUUAGUUGGCAGGUGGGUGGCUUUAGUUUAGUUGGCAGGUGGGUGGCUUUAGUUUAGUUGGCACAUGCAUAGCCGGGCAGGUGUUACUAUGAUAUAUGACUAUAGUAUUUCGGGGACCCGGACCGUCUCUUUAUUCCUGAAUGUCCCUGUCACUCAGAAAUACAAGACCUGUACCAGUCAAGGUGUCAUCCUAUUUAGUCGGUGGCUGGUACAUGGGUGGCAGGUCGAGUUUUAGGGAUGUUUUCUGCGGCAGGUGACUUUAAUAUUUUGGAGACACAAGCCACCUCUCUAUUCCUGCAUGUCUCUGAUUAUAACUACAGGACCUGUACGAGACAGGAUGUAAUCCUAUUGUCUCUCUUAUGAAUGACAUACAGGAUCUGUACGAGACAGGAUGUAAUCCUAUUGCCUCUCUUAUGAAUGACAUACAGGAUCUGUACGAGACAGGAUGUAAUCCUAUUGCCUCUCUUAUGAAUGACAUACAGGACCUGUAUGAGACAGGAUGUAAUCCUAUUGCCUCUCUUAUGAAUGACAUACAGGGACCUGCCUCCUUAUGAAUGAUACAGGACUGUAUGAGACAGGAUUCACCUAUUAACCUCUCUUAUCAAUCAGACAUAUAGGACCUGUAUGAGACAGGGUGUAAUCAAAUCAAAUUUUAUUUUACCUUACCGUGAAAUGCUUACUUACAAGCCCUUAACCAACAAUGCAGUUUGAAGAAAAAUAAGAAUUAUGAAAAAUAUUUACUAAAUAUCCUAUUACCUCUCUUAUCAAUCAGACAUGUAUAACUUGUUUGAGUGUUUGGAACUUGAUAGACACUUAUUGAUAGAGGCAUUUUGUCUGAAAGGAGUGAAGGAAAAGCCUUAUUGAUAGAGACAUUUUGUCUGAAAGGAGAGAAGGAAAAGCCUAAUUGAUAGAGGCAUUUUGUCUGAAAGGAGUGAAGGACUGUAUUGAGGAAAAUCUGUAUAAGUUAGUUAAACGUAAUGCUAUAGUCAGUGGAAAUGAAGUCAAUAGACUUGAACACAUUUUCAAUGGCAGACAUGAACACAUCUUCAAUGGUAGGCAUGAACACAUUUUCAAUGGUAGGCAUGAACACAUUUUCAAUGGUAGGCAUGAACACAUUUUCAAUGGUAGAUAUGAACACAUGUUCAGUGGUAGACAUUAACACAUUUUCAAUGGUAGGCAUGAACACAUGUUCAGUGGUAGACUUGAACACAUUUUCAAUGGUAGAUAUGAACACAUUUUCAAUGGUAGAUAUGGACACAUUUUCAAUGGUAGAUAUGAACACAUUUUCACAAAGAUUUUCAGUGGACGUCCCUCUAAAUUAACUGCUGCCUGCUGUUAAACCUGUUGAACCUUUUCUUUCUUUAGUGUUGUAAAAAUAGCAUUUCUUCUAGCAGUGUAUUUUCUAUGGCUGAUAGAGUUGUGCUGCGAUGUGAUAAUCCCAUAAUCAGCCAUUUUAGAGAAAUAUAAAAGGCAGACUAUUAGACAGUAGUCCAACCACCCGGUGAGUCUGCCACUGCCUGAGGGCAGAUCUGUCCUGCAUGGCACUGCUAGGUGGAUAGAUAUAGGUUGCGACCCAAUUGGCAGUCUAUACUCUAUAUAGUGCACUACAACCCCAUGGGCCCUUGUCAAAAGUAGUGCACUAUGUAGGGAACAGGGUUCCAUUUGGGACGUCUGUUCAGUCACAAUUCAUUCUGCCUGUGUUCAGUGAUGCCCAUUUCAAAUCAAAUCAAAUCAAAUCAAAUCAAAUCAAAUUUUAUUGGUCACAUGCGCCGAAUACAACAGGUGCAGACAUUACAGUGAAAUGCUUACUUACAGCCCUUAACCAACAGUGCAUUUAUUUUAAACAAAAAAAGUAAGAAUAAAACAACAACAAAAAAAGUGUUGAGAAAAAAAGAGCAGAAGUAAAAAUAAAGACAUAUAGGACAACCAUAAAGACAUUCAGAUGACAACCACAUCACACGUAGGUGUUAAACAUCAGCGUAGAUUAAACGGACCCACUGAUUGGUGUGUCAGAGCGAGGUAUCCCAUCAGCCACCUGGAACAAAUUUCUCAACAGCCAAUCAGGUGGAUUGUCAUCACAAUGAUGAAUAACACACAUUGAUGAAUAACAUUGUUACUCAAUGUGUGUUCAAAUAGUACAGGGUCAAAGGUCCAACCAUUAGGUCAGUGUGGCACCUGAGGGUCAAAGGUCAAACCAUUAGGUCAGUGUGGCACCUGAGGGUCAAAGGUUCAACCAUUAGGUCAGUGUGGCACCUGAGGGUCAAAGGUCAAACCAUUAGGUCAGUGUGGCACCUGAGGGUCAAAGGUCCAACCAAUAGGUCAGUGUGGCACCUGAGGGUCAAAGGUCAAACCAUUAGGUCAGUGUGGCACCUGAGGGUCAAAGGUCCAACCAUUAGGUCAGUGUGGGACCUGAGGGUCAAAGGUCCAACCAUUAGGUCAGUGUGGGACCUGAGGGUCAAAGGUCCAACCAUUAGGUCCGUGUGGGACCUGAGGGUCAAAGGUCCAACCAUUAGGUCAGUGUGGCACCUGGGGGUCAAAGGUCCAACAUAGGUCCGUGUGGGACCUGAGGGUCAAAGGGUCCCAACCAUUAGGUCAGUGUGGGACCUGAGGGGUCAAAGGUCAAACCCAUUAGGUCAGUGUGGCACCUGAGGGUUCAAAGGUCCAACCAUUAGGUCAGUGUGGCACCUGGGGGUCAAAGGUCCAACCAUUAGGUCCGUGUGGGACCUGAGGGUCAAAGGUCCAACCAUUAGGUCAGUGUGGCACCUGAGGGUCAAAGGUCAAACCAUUAGGUCAGUGUGGCACCUGAGGGUCAAAGGUCCAACCAUUAGGUCAGUGUGGGACCUGAGGGUCAAAGGUUCAACCAUUAGGUCAGUGUGGGACUUGAGGGUCAAAGGUCCAACCAUUAGGUCAGUGUGGCACCUGAGGGUCAAAGGUCCAACCGUUUAUCUCUGCUGUACAACAGAGUUGCUGCUGCAUGCUUUAUCAUACAUACCAUACACACACACACACACACACAAGGACAGAUACACACACCCUGUUCUGCUUUAUCAUACACACCGCACCCACCAGCAGAAUUAAUUAAGGUCUACUUAAAGUAUUUUAGCCUAUAGACUAGAGGACUAUAAUUGAGUCUUUUAGCUUAUAGACAGAAUAUAAUGUAGUAAUGGCGCAGAAACUAAAGCACAAAGGACUGCAGAGAGAGCAAUAAAAGACAUCUUCUCUGGCUUCGUCUCACAUGGAACCCUAUUCCCUACAUAGUGCACUGCUUUUGAGCAGAGUUCUGUGGGUCUCGUUCAUUUCUGGCUGCUAUACCCCUUGGCAACUUUAUCUUCUUUCACAUUAAGUGUACUUGCCAACGCUCAAAUUACCUCCUAAUGUUGUUGUGGUAAUGAUAAGCGCCGGUGUCUAAGGGUUAUACUAUAAAUGUAUUAAUUCAGGGGGAGAUUGUCUAAGGGUUAUACUAUAAAUGUAUUAAUUCAGGGGGAGAUUGUCUAAGGGUUAUACUAUAAAUAUAUUAAUUCAGGGGGAGAUUGUCUAAGGGUUAUACUAUAAAUGUAUUAAUUCAGGUGGAGAUUGUCUAAGGGUUAUACUAUAAAUGUAUUAAUUCAGGGGGACAUUGUUUCAGCUGCCUAAUUGUUAUUUUCUUUGAGGAUCUAAAAGAGAACAGAUUUCCUUCUUUUUUUUCAUAACUUUCAUUCUGACCCAGUAACAGUAGGACUAAAGCUUCCAGUAAUUGUCAUAUAAAGUAACCCACAACGAAUUUAGCCAGUGGGUAGAGACGGAGGUUUACACUAGGACUAAAGCUUCAACUGUACAUUUGACUGCCAGCUGGAUACGUUCCAAAAAGAAUUAUUAAUAUCAAUGGACGACAUACUAUAUUGUAUCUCAUGCGUUUUACCACUACCCAUACAGUACAUGUAUUUUUAUUGAUUAGGGGUCCAAGCAGUAAAAAUGCAUGGGACCCUAUUGGAAUUGUUGGCGUAUUUUUCUAAUCAGACAUACUCUCCUUCAGGUAUUGAACAAUGAACAACAUUAAGUAAAGUUAGUAUUGGAAGACUUGGGAUGUGGUGAGUAGUGUAUCCUCAGUCUCCCUGGCCACUGCCACAGCUCCAUCCCCUCCCUCCCUUCCGUUCCUUUGUCCUUUAAAUUGAAUGGUUUGAGUGGUAGGUUGCUAGCUGGCUACGAUAGGAACAUGGAACCUUUUCAAUUGACUGGAGGGUGAAAUAAUUCCAACGGGAUGAAUUGUCUGAUUGUCAGAAUCAGAAGCAGAGGUGUUCCAAAUGUAUGGCCUAAAGGAAACUAUAAUUUGUUCAUUUUAAUAGAAGGAAUUCCACCAUUCUAACUUGACAACAAUAUCCCUUAAUCAAUGUGAUCAAUAUGAGAAGCGUAUAACUUGUAUCCUUCUGAUUAUGAUUGUGGUGCUCCUGUCCUGUUGGUGUUUUGUAACUACAAUAUUGGGCCUAGGACCAAGCCCUGUUGAACUCCGAAUGUUACCCUGGAGUGUUCAGUACUCAGAAUGUAACCCUGGAGUGUUCAGUACUCCAUAUGUAACCCUGGAGUGUUCAGUACUCCGAAUGUAACCCUGGAGUGUUCAGUACUCUGUAUGUAACCCUGGAGUGUUCAGUACUCCAUAUGUAACCCUGGAGUGUUCAGUACUCCAUAUGUAACCCUGGAGUGUUCAGUACUCCAUAUGUAACCCUGGAGUGUUCAGUACUCCAUAUGUAACCCUGGAGUGUUCAGUACUCCGAAUGUAACCCUGGAGUGUUCAGUACUCCAUAUGUAACCCUGGAGUGUUCAGUACUCCAUAUGUAACCCUGGAGUGUUCAGUACUCCGAAUGUAACCCUGGAGUGUUCAGUACUCCGAAUGUAACCCUGGAGUGUUCAGUACUCCGAAUGUAACCCUGGAGUGUUCAGUACUCCGAAUGUAACCCUGGAAUGUUCAGUACUCCAUAUGUAACCCUGGAAUGUUCAGUACUCCAUAUGUAACCCUGGAGUGUUCAGUACUCCGAAUGUAACCCUGGAGUGUUCAGUACUCCGAAUGUAACCCUGGAGUGUUCAGUACUCCGAAUGUAACCCUGGAAUGUUCAGUACUCCAUAUGUAACCCUGGAGUGUUCAGUACUCCGAAUGUAACCCUGGAGUGUUCAGUACUCCGAAUGUAACCCUAGAGUGUUCAGUACUCCGAAUGUAACAUUUACGUCAUUUAGCAGACGCUCUUAUCCAGAGUGACUUACAAAUAGGUGCAUUCACCUUAUAGCCAGUGGGAUAACCACUUUACUAUGUUUUUCUUUUUUUUUUCUUUUUUUUUGGGGGGGGGGUAGAAGGAUUACUUUAUCCUAUCCCAGGUAUUUCUUAAAGAGGUGGGGUUUCAAAUGUCUCCGGAAGGUGGUGAGUGACUCCGCUGUCCUGGCGUUGUGAGGGAGCUUGUUCCACCAUUGGGGUGCCUGAGCAGCGAACAGUUUUGACUGGGGUGUUCAGUACGAGUGAAGAUAAUCAUUAUCACCCCAGAAUCUCAAUCUCCACUGGUCUUCAGAUCAGAUAAUAUUUACCUGAAGGAUAUGAUUUUUCUCCCACUCCUUUUUCAUGUGGGAUAUUUGAUAUCAGCCGAGGAAGAGCUGAGGGAACUAUAGAAACUGUUCUAAUCUAAUGUAUUAACCUGUGCUAUGUUAGUUAUUAGAGCAGGCAGCAAAACACUGUCUGUGUCCCAAAUGGCACCCUAUUCUCUAUUCAGUGCACUACAUUUGACCAGAGCGCUACAGGCUCUAGUCAAAAGUAGUACACUACAUAGGGAAUAGGGUGCCAUUUGGGACACAGCCUGUACCGAACACCAAGUGGUACUCUGCUCUCCCAUCUGUAUUCACAGCCACAGAUAAACGUCCUCAUCUCCUGUCCCCCAUCUGUAUUCACAGCCACAGAUAAACGUCCUCAUCUCCUGUCCCCCAUCUGUAUUCACAGCCACAGAUAAACGUCCUCAUCUCCUGUCCCCCAUCUGUAUUCACAGCCACAGAUAAACGUCCUCAUCUCCUGUCCCCCAUCUGAUUCACAGCCACAGAUAAACGUCCUCAAUCUCCUGUCCCCCAUCUGUAUUCACAGCCACAGAUAAACGUCCUCAUCUCCUGUCCCCAUCUGUAUUCACAGCCACAGAUAAACGUCCUCCUCUCCUGUCUCCCAUCUGUAUUCACAGCCACAGAUAAACGUCCUCAUCUCCUGUCCCCCCAUCUGUAUUCCAGCCACAGAUAAAACGUCCUCAUCUCCUGUCCUCCAUCUGUAUUCACAGCCACAGAUAAACGUCCUCAUCUCCUGUCUCCCCAUCUGUAUUCACAGCCACAGAUAAACGUCCUCAUCUCCCUGUCCCCCAUCUGUAUUCACAGCCACAGAUAAACAUCCUCAUCUCCUGUCCUCCAUCUGUAUUCACAGCCACAGAAUAAACGUCCUCAUCUCCUGUCCUCCAUCUGUAUUCACAAGCCACAGAUAAACGUCCUCAUCUCCUGUCCUCCAACUGUAUUCAACAGCCACAGAUAAACGUCCUCAUCUCCUGUCUCCCAUCUGUAUUCACAGCCACAGAUAAAACGUGUCCUAUCUUCCUGUCCCCCAUCUGUAUUCACAGCCCACAGAUAAACGUCCUCAUCUCCUGUCUCCAUCUGUAUUCACAGCCACAGAUAAACGUCCUCAUCUCCUGUCCCCCAUCUGUGUUCACGCACAGAUAAACGUCCUCAUCUCCUGUCCCCCAUCUGUAUUCACAGCCACAGAUAACACGUCCUCAUCUCCUGUCCCCCCAUCUGUAUUCACAGCCACAGAUAAACGUCCCUCAUCUCCUGUCCCCCAUCUGUAUUCACAGCCACAGAUAAACGUCCUCAUCUCCUGUCCCCCCAUCUGUAUUCACAGCCACAGAUAACGUCCUCAUCUCCUGUCCCCCAUCUGUAUUCACAGCCACAGAUAAACGUCCUCAUCUCCUGUGCCCCCCAUCCUGUAUUCACAGCCACAGAUAAACGUCCUCAUCUCCUGUCCCCCCAUCUGUAUUCAACAGCCACAGAUAAAGUUCCUCAUCUCCUGUCUCCCAUCUGUAUUCACAGCCACAGAUAAAAGUCCUCAUCUCCUGUCCCCCAUCUGUAUUCACACCACAGAUAAACGUUUCCCCAUCUCCUGUCCCCAUCUGUAUUCACAGCCACAGAUAAACGUCCUCAUCUCCUGUCCCCCAUCUGUAUUCACAGCCACAGAUAAACGUCCUCAUCUCCUGUCCCCCAUCUGUAUUCACAGCCACAGAUAAACCCUCCUCAUCUCCUGUCCCCAUCUGUAUUCCAGCCACAGAUAAACGUCCUCAUCUCCUGUCCCCCAUCUGUAUUCACAGCCACAGAUAAACGUCCUCAUCUCCUGUCCCCCAUCUGUAUUCACAGCCACAGAUAAACGUCCUCAUCUCCUGUCUCCCAUCUGUAUUCACAGCCACAGAUAACGUCCUCAUAUCCUGUCCCCCAUCUGAAUUCACAGCCACAGAUAAACGUCUCAUUCCUGUCUCCCAUCUGUAUUUUACACCCCCCCAUCUGGAUUCACAGCCACAGAUAAAACGUCCUCAUCUCCUGUCCUCCAUCUGUAUUCACAGCCACAGAUAAACGUCCUCAUCUCCUGUCCCCCAUCUGUAUUCACAGCCACAGAUAAACGUCCUCAUCUCCUGUCCCCCAUCUGUAUUCACAGCCACAGAUAAACGUCCUCAUCUCCUGUCCCCCAUCUGUAUCACAGCCACAGAUAACGUCCUCAUCUCUGUCCCCCAUCUGUAUUCACAGCCCACAUAUAAACGUCCCUCAUCUCCUGUCCCCCAUCUGUAUUCACAGACCACAGAUAAACGUCCCUCAUCUCCUGUCCCCCCAUCUGUAUUCACAACCACAGAUAAACGUCCUCAUCUCCUGUCUUCCAUCUGUAUUCACAGCCACAGAUAAACGUCCUCAUCUCCUGUCCCCCAUCUGUAUUCACAGCCACAGAUAAAAGUCCUCAUUCUAAGUAAUGUACCAUUCACUCACUCUAUCGUUGUGGAGGACUGACUGACAGACAAGCUGAUGUGCUCCAAUCUGCUACUCAGGGACAAAUCAGGUCAUCAGACCACUCCUGUUCUCUCUGUACAUGACGAACCCACUGAUUUUCAAAGCGUGGAAAUUAACGUUGUGACUCUGACAGCGUGUGUGAGUGCCUGCAUGCGUGUGUGUGAAUCGCUCAGUGCUCAUAUUUCAUAGACUGUGUAAUAUAAUGAGAUUAUAUUUAUAUCACUCAUCUUUUAAGAUAAUAAACUCUUGUCUAAAAGUGAAAAAAAGGUGUGUGAUUUCUCACCUUGCUGCAGUCAGUGUUAUAUUACACUCAUAUUCUCUCUGUUUUCCUGCUUGUUUCCUCUAAAAACAUCACUGUUAUGUAGAGAGGACUGUCUGGCUACCACUGUUAUGUAGAGAGGACUGUCUAGCCUACCACUGUUAUGUAGAGAGAGGACUGUCUGGCUACCAGUGUUAUGUAGAGAGGACUGUCUGGCUACCACUGUUAUGUAGAGAGGACUGUCUAGCCUACCACUGUUAUGUAGAGAGGACUGUUCAGCCUACCACUGUUAUGUAGAGAGGACUGUUCAGCCUACCACUGUUAUGUAGAGAGGACUGUCUGGCUACCAGUGUUAUGUAGAGAGGACUGUCUGGCUACCAGUGUUAUGUAGAGAGGACUGUCUGGCUACCAGUGUUAUGUAGAGAGGACUGUCUAGCCUACAACUGUCAUCCACACUUAAUCCAUUUAUUCUCACUUUCUUUACAAAGUCACUCUUAA